GAUGGGGGCAGACGCUCCGGGUGCCCGGCUGGAGGAAUGUCAGGGUUUCACUCGUGAUUGGCUGGGGAAUGGAGGAGUCAGUUUUCACGGGGGCUGAUCAAAAACUUUCCUUUUGCUUCCCGAAGUUGCUGUCUGAGCAGAAGCAUGGGGAAGAGGAGGCCGGUGGCUCUGCCGGUCCUCGGGAACGCAACUGCGAUGAGAUGAGAAGGGUUCUCUGUGCAGGGAUCUGCAGCCAGGAGCAGGCUCCGGGAAGCCGUUUUCCUUCUUUUUUCCCCCAACUCCUGCAGGAGCUGAGCAGCUCUCAGCUCUGGCAUGCGGCUCAUCCCUGAGGAUACUAUGUCACAGUAUUCCACUAACUUUCUCCUGCUCCCCAUCCCAGAGUACCCCGUGCUGGACUGCGUGCCCAACAAGAUCAUCAAGCUGGUGGUGCUGGGAGGCAGCAGUGUUGGCAAGACAGCCCUUGUUGUGCGAUUUCUCACAAAGAGAUUUAUUGGGGACUACGAAGCCAACACUGGUGCUUUGUAUUCAAGAAAGUUCACCAUAGAUGGGGAACAGAUCUCUCUACAGGUGCAGGACACUCCCUUUGUUUCCUUGGAGGAUGACACUGACAGCAUCUGCUGCCAAGAGCAGAUAAACCGUUCCAUCUACUGGGCAGAUGGUUUUGUUUUUGUGUACUCCAUCACUGACUACGAGAGCUACCGCGUCAUCCGGCCCCUCCACCAGCACAUCCGCAAGAUCCACCCCAACGCCAACAUCCCCCUGCUCCUGAUGGCCAACAAAGGAGACCUCCUGAGAGCCAGGCAGGUGUCCUCCAAAGAAGGACUCCAGCUGGCCAGCGAGCUGGGAGGUACUUACUAUGAAGUCUCAGCUCGGGAGAACUGUGAGGGGGUGCACGAAGCUUUCCAGCAGCUUUGCCAGGAGGUCAGCAGGAUGAUCGGGAGCUGCAACGGGGAGAAACGAAGAGGCCUCCACCUCAUCCGACCCAAAUCACCAAAUAUGCAGGACUUGAAGAGACGUUUGAAACAGGCUCUGACUUCCAAAGGGAAAUCUGCCACCACGCUUUGAUGUAGCCAACGUGGAAAUGGGUUUCCACAGCACCGAAAAAAAAAAAAAAAAGGAAAAAAAAAAAGUGAGAAAAGAAGGCAGGAACGGGAGGUUAUCGCUGAAAUUCAGCCAUCAGUCUGUGUAAGAGGCUCUCCUCACAGCCUCACUGAAACUUCUGAGCUCA